AUGUCCAUUGUCGUGUCCGCCGGCCCUUCUUCCUUGCCAGAGGCAGAACCUACUACCAUGACUCCGAAAACUGAGGAGAUCGACGAACUAUUGCACGAUGAUUCUGGCGAGUCGGAGGUCUAUUUCGAGGAAGACGAGGACGAGGACGAUCCGAAUGCGUUCAGAGUGCGGGGUGCUCUGAAGCAACAUACCGUUAAAUACCUCACCACUCUCCAGCUACACGAACUCAUUCAUUCCGGAGGUGUUGACUUAGAGCCCUCAUAUCAACGCGAGGUUGUAUGGCCAGAAACGAAGAAGAUAGGGCUCAUUGAUUCUAUCUUUCGAAACUUCUACAUUCCACCAGUUGUCUUUGCGGUGAUACGCGACGAAGACGGGGAGGAAAGUCGCGUAUGCGUAGAUGGAAAGCAGCGUUUGACAUCCAUAGUAAGGUUCCUCGAGGGAUCGAUACCUCAUAGGGACUCGAUAACGAAGAAGACCUGGUGGUAUACGACGCCCGACUCUUACAAGGGAAUGAGGAGCGAAAUCCCACAGCUUCACAAAGAAUGGUUCGCUGAGCGAGUCCUCACAGUUGUCGAGUACGAUCAUCUCACCGCAUCAGAAGAGCGAGAAAUCUUCCAAAGAGUUCAACUCGGCAUGCCUUUGACUGCUGCAGAAAAACUCCAGGCAUUUGCAUCGCCUUGGGCAGAGUGGAUCACACAGCUCGAAGCUCGACACGUGGCUGUCGAGGGCGGCCUCUCGACCAAGCUCUCCUGGGACACCAAACGCAGUCGCGAUUUCCAGAACAUCGCCCAUAUGGUGUUCUGCUGUGAUGGUCUGCCAGACGAGAUGCUGCCCACGUCGCAGAAGAUCGAGAAGUGGAUCGCACGUUGCGACAAGCCCUCCAGUCAGUUCCAGAACGACAUCGAAAACGUAUUGAGGACGUUGUGGGUAAUCGCCAAUGAUGAUGCACUCAAUGAAGGUUUCGUGAAUAUCGAUAAGAGGAUUGCUCCUGUGGAGUUUAUUUUCAUAGGCGUCCUUUUGUAUGUCCUCCGUGACGAAGCUCGCGCUGUUCAAGGGCGCUCUAUCUACCUGCUCAGAAAGAGAGUUCGUCAGGAGUUCAGGGAUAUCAGAAACAACGGCGAUGUAGGCAAAGCGAUGUGGAGGAACAUUCGACGCUUGCAAGGGCAACCUCCCACAGGCCCGUUCGAGGGCAGGACAUCUCCAAAGAACAAUAAAAGGAAGAGAAACAACGACGAUGACGACGAAUUCCAUCCAACGCCCAUCAAAUCGCUGGGCAAGGCGAUCAAGACACGAUCUAAGCAGGCAAAGGCUAGCUAG